GGCUCGCGGGCCCUGCCAGUCUCUGGCGGAGGUGUCCGGCGCGCGGGCGGCCUGCUGGGCGGGCUGAGGGGAGAGCGGGGCGCGCGCAGGCGAGGCGAAGAGAGACGGAGCCGGCGAGCCACCGCGGCCACAGGGCCUCCUGCCUGCUAAGCAGCUGCUCUGCCGGUGAGCUGUUCCCAGCCCGUACGUCGCCUUCUAGACCAAAUAGAAUCAUCUCUUUUCUCCUUUUGAUGUGAAUAUAUUCUAGAUCAUGGUUUCCUACUUAUAAGAGACAAUGACUACUGAUCGAGGUGCCAAGAACAGUGGAGAAAGCCCAGCAGCCACUGUUGCUGAACAAGGAGAGGAUAUCACCCCCAAAAAGGACAGAGGGGUAUUAAAGAUUGUCAAGAGAGUGGGAAAUAGUGAGGAAACACCAAUGAUUGCUGACAAAGUUUACGUCCAUUACAAAGGAAAAUUGUCAAAUGGAAAGAAGUUUGAUUCCAGCCACGAUAGGAAUGAACCAUUUGUUUUUAGUCUUGGCAAAGGCCAGGUUAUCAAGGCAUGGGACAUCGGAGUAGCCACCAUGAAGAAAGGAGAGGUCUGCCAUCUGCUCUGCAAACCAGAAUAUGCCUACGGCUCGACUGGCAGCCUCCCAAAAAUCCCCGCGAAUGCAACUCUCUUCUUCGAGAUUGAGCUCCUUGAUUUCAAAGGAGAGGAUUUAUUUGAAGAUGGAGGCAUUGUCCGGAGAAUCAAGCGUAAAGGAGAGGGAUAUUCCAACCCGAAUGAGGGUGCAACAGUCAACAUCCACCUGGAAGGCCACUGUGGUGGAAGGAUGUUCGAUUGCAGAGAUGUGGCAUUCAUUGUUGGUGAAGGAGAAGACCACGACAUCCCCCUUGGAAUUGACAAAGCCCUGGAGAAAAUGCAGCGGGAAGAACAGUGUAUUUUAUUUCUUCGACCACAAUAUGGUUUUGGAGAGGCAGGGAAGCCUAAAUUUGGCAUUGAACCUAAUGCUGAGCUUAUGUACGAAGUUACACUUAAGAGCUUCGAAAAGGCCAAAGAAUCCUGGGAGAUGGACACCAAAGAAAAACUGGAGCAGGCUGCCAUUGUCAAAGAAAAGGGGACUGUGUACUUCAAGGGAGGCAAAUACAUGCAGGCGGUGAUCCAGUACGGGAAGAUAGUGUCCUGGCUGGAGAUGGAGUAUGGGUUAUCAGAGAAGGAGCUGAAAGCAUCUGAAUCGUUCCUGCUCGCUGCUUUUCUGAACCUGGCCAUGUGCUACCUGAAGCUUCGAGAAUACGCCAAAGCUGUGGAAUGCUGUGACAAGGCCCUCGGACUGGACAGUGCCAACGAGAAAGGCUUGUACAGGAGGGGCGAGGCCCAGCUGCUCAUGAAUGAGUUCGAGUCAGCCAAGGGCGACUUUGAGAAGGUCUUGGAAAUCAAUCCCCAGAAUAAAGCCGCCAGACUGCAGAUCUCCAUGUGCCAGAAAAAAGCCAAGGAGCACAACGAGCGGGACCGCAGGAUCUAUGCCAACAUGUUCAAGAAGUUCGCGGAGCAGGACGCAAAGGAAGAGGCCAGUAAAGCAAUGAGCAAGAAGACCUUAGAGGAGGCCCCCAGUGAAAAAGGGACAGAAAGUAAAAAGAUGGAAGGGGACCCUGAAGGCCACCUAUGACACCCCGCCAGGGAGGAAAGAGACUCCAAAGGACUCAGCCCCCCUCCUCAGGCGUCCACCCAACUCAGGACUCACAGUGUUGCGUGUCAAGUUUGUUAUAGUCUGUGUGAUUCUGGAAGCAGACAGCACAACCGGUAGCUUCCCAAAAACCACCACCCCGCUGCUGCCCGUGGGUCACUGAGGGGUGGCAUGGGACCACUCCAGGCAGAACAGAGCAGAGCAAGCAGGACGGGCUGCUGGCGCGGAGUGGCCGGCGGCUCCAGCCCAGCUCCUGUUUCAAUUCAUGCCAACUUUCAGUGUCCACUGCAGGGUCCCCUGAGAUAACCCUAACAGUUCAGCGCUGUUGGGCUCUAAUAGCGCUGCAGAAAGAAAUACUUACAGAAUUUCUCCUUUCCGACACGUGGGUGGUAGGGGAGGAGGCGAGGGUCCGUCUUGCAAUGGCUAAAGUGCUAUGAACGCAGCUUGCUGCGUUUGUAACCAACAGAACCCACAGCAGAGGGGUGGGGAUCCGGGCCCUUUGCUCCACAGCAGCGUCGCAGACUUGAAAGCCAGAGCCGCAGAGGCCGCUUGCUUGCUGACUUGGCUGCUUCCCGACUCCCCUCAGCCAGCCUCCUUGUGAGCCUGUGCCUUGGGGAGUCCUGCUGUCAUUCCUAGAGCACCCCUCAGGAAGGUAGUGCGCGGGUGGAGGUUCAGGGUCAGCUUUCCUUGCUUAGAGGAAACCAAGCUGCUGAAAGGUGGGCAGAGCAGUCCGAAGCGUGCUCCUCGCUAUUUUAGGAUGUGAUGAUAGUGCCCUGCACUUCCUGCCCAUGCUGCUGCUGUCCAGCUUGUGUCCACCCAAAGCCUUGCUAUUAAGAAUUUAAAACUUGUUCUUAGCGUGUCCCUGACUGGAGCUGACUUACUGACAUGUCCGGUCAGGGACCAUGCGGCUUUCCUGUCUUCCUCCUCCUCCUCCUCCUCUUUCUUGUUUUUUAAUCACUGGCUCAUAAACGUCUGUAUUGGUUUAUGGGACUGACACUCCUCUGUCGUACAAAAUCAUUUUCACUUUGGACGGCUCAGUAGCUUAAUUUUUUUUAAAGUCUUCGGGUUGGAAACUUAAGUGUUUGCUCCUGUGCCUGAAGGGUUACCUGCAGGUUUGACGGCCGGGCGCGCUAUGCUGCCAGCUUCCCUGUCCUGGCUGAGUUGUGAGAGAUGAAACAGCUUCCUGUGCCGGUACAGCGAACCUGAAUCUCCUGUCCUUGGGCACUGGGUCAGAGCCGGUCCCAGGACACACAUGUGCUGUAGCCAAGUGUCAGUCCUUGGGGACUAAAGGAGAUGCUCCCGGGAAGCAUGGGGCAGCCCUGGGGACUGUUCGCCCACACCUAGGACAUCUCACUUUCUUAACCUACAGAACACUGGCAGUUAUUUUAGAUCUGUUUUAUUCUCAUGGUGGUUUUAAGAAAACAUUUUUAUUUCUAAGUUAGGACCUUAAAAUUAAAAAUCAAGUCAUUUCCUUAUAUCCCAGCCUUCUCUGUGGAACAAAUGCAAUUAAAUUGUGAGAUUUUGCCUUUAAAAGUAGCUAAAACUCUCUAAUUUCUCAUUAACACUUUUGUCUUUCAUGCAAUAUUUCUUUAUAAAGCCCGAGUCUUGCCUAGGAAAUAUGAAAAGCAAAGUGAUUUUGCUUAUAUGCUUAAUUAACAUUUAGUAUUUUUAGCUCUGUUGACUAGAGCAUGAUUCCCAUGAGGCCACUGACAUUUGAGCCUAAAAAGGUUGGUUAGCCUUUUGCAGGUAACAAAUGGGAAACUAUUCCAGAGCUCCCCUGACCUCCACCAGGUGUGUCCUCAGUGUGUGUCACGGGCCCUGAUGGGAACUGGCUAGCGUGUUUGGGGAAGGGAAGGGUGCGUGUCCAUGCAGUAACCACAGGGUACCCGUCACCACUCAAGAGGAGAAGCUCCUCAUACCCUUGUAUCAAAUUCAGACCUUAAAUGGGUCCAGAAAUCAGAAGAUGUCUUCAGAGUAUGUUUUAGAUUGCAUAUGGAGUGGAGUCUGUAUGAUAAAUUUAAAAAUUGGUUUAAAAGAUCAUUUAGAUGCACUUAUGCAUUCCUUCAAUAAAUUUUUAAAAGCUGUU